ACAUCCAGGAGACACGACUAUCACCGGCGGCGCGUUUCUGCCCACUUAAUGAUUCUACCCAAGAUGGCGGCAGCCUCAUCCAUCCAGCCGCCGAGCCUUCACUCUUCUCUAGCCGGGGAGAGCGCACUUUCCCCGGAGAUGGACAGUCCCGAGAGCCGACAGCAGGAGGAUGAGGAGCCGGCGGCCGCGCAGCCCUCCGACUCGGAGAUUAGCCUCCGCGACCUGCCGGACCUGGAGCCGGAGGAGAUCGAGAGGAGGCUGGCCAAAACUCGCCAGGAGCUGAGCAACAGGAGGAAAAUCCUCAUCAAGAACCUGCCGCCCGACACCACCAACCAGGAAGUCCAUGAGAUUCUGAAAGAAUAUGAACUGAAGUACUGCUUUGUGGACCGCAACAAAGGCACAGCCUUUGUGACUUUGCUGAACGGGGACCAGGCUCAGGAUGCCAUCCGCUCCCUCCAUCACAGCACUGUCCGGGGACGCCUGAUCAACGUCACGCUGCAGCCCACAGACUCCCUGCUCUGCCUCACCAACCUGCCCCACACCUUCACUGCCCAGCAGUUUGAGGAACUGGUGCGCGCCUACGGGAACAUCGAGCGCUCCUUCCUGGUUUACAGCGAGCUGACGGGACACUCCAAAGGCUAUGGGUUUGUUGAAUAUAUGAAGAAGGAUUCAGCAUCACGGGCCCGUUCUGAGCUGCUGGGCCGACCUCUGGAGGAUCGCUCAUUGAUGGUGCAGUGGAUGGACGUCAACCAGCUGAGCCAAGAGGAGAACCUACACUCCAAGUGUCUGUGUAUAAACCGGCUGCCACUGGACCUCUGUGACUCUGAAGAACUGACGCAGCUCUUCUCUGAAACAUACAAGCCUGUCUUCUGCCAGCUUGCUCAGGAUGAGGGCAGCCCAGUCCGAGGCUUCGGCGUGGUGGAGUAUGAGAGUGCAGAGCAGGCGGAGGCUGUGCUGAUAGAGAUGGACCGAACACUGGUGGGAGGACAGGAGGUCCGUCUCUCACUCUGUACCCCCGGCACCUCAGGGAGAAGCACCCUGGCUGCACUUAUCGCCGCCCAGGGUAUGAUUCUGAGUAAUAGGAAAGGUCUGCUGCCAGAACCCAACAUAGCCCAGCUGUUGACCAGUAUGACCAACCCUGCUGCCCUGCAGAUCCUCAUGAGGCCGUACCACACUGGGAAAAGAGGAGGAAAGUACGGACGUCACACCAGCCUGCCGUUCCUCAGACCUCCUCUCACCACAGCUCUGCUUACACUGGGAAAAGCACACCAGAGCGCUAUGCUUGGUAAUGGACUGGUCCUCCAGAACCUCUUGCAUAUGCAGCUCGCACAGCAACAGCUUCUUCACAUCAAAGACAAACGCAUCAGCAGCGUCUCCAGUCUGCUUGGAGACCCGUCCAGGCUGCUGAUGCAGAAAGCUUUGUCUUUGCGGCCUCCAGGCCUUGUGCCGCUGGGGAAAGGCCUCCUGGGAGACUCCCCUACAGAGUUGGGCCAGGAAUCAGUGCCAUCGUCUACCCACAAUUCCACGGUAGUGGUAUCGGCAGCCGGUGUGAUGCCAUACCUCCAGGGUCGAGCUGGAGGGGGAGAGCAAAACAGCACCCAUUCUAUCUCCACAAACCCUUCUGCUUCCUCCUCUUCCUCUUCCUCCUCCACCUCCUGUGACAGGCAGCCAGCUCCUCCUGGGACCAUGGUGAGCUCCCAUCCGCAGGGACAGAGCUAUUCUUUGGGUAUAAGUAACUCAGGCCUCGGCCCGCCUCCACCUAAACCCCCUGGAGGAGUUUAUACGUCAACAGGCCAGCACAACAGCUCAGAUGGCUGCCCCCUGGCGAGCAUGGUAACUGGUGGUCAGGGCUCUCUGUUGGGCGAUCCUCCUAAAGAAGUCAGACUGCCCUCCAAUCCUUACCUGAACCUGGCCAGUGUAAUGCCAGGGGUGGUUCUGCAAGGGUCAGUGGGUAGUAAACCCCAAGGAGGACAGCCCGGCUCUGGGGUGUAUGGCAGCACGGUUGCUCCGGUUGUCUCCCAGGGUUCCGGAUCCUUCCCCCACAGCGCAGCAGCUACAACCACAGCCCCAUACAGCACUGAUACCUCCACCGACUACAGCCAGUACAACCAGGCCUACACACAGGAGGCCAUGCAGCAGUGGUACCAGCACUACCAGGCACAAGCUCACACCUACAGCACCGCUGCUCCACAGGACAGCACGGCCGCAGACUAUAGCAAGGAGCACACACAGGCUCCCCCUGUGUCGACCUACGGGGAUUACAGUUCCUACAUGCAGGCGGUCACUCAGUAUUAUUCCCAACCUGCAACAGCCAACCAGGCCUAUGCCAGCAAGGAGGUGGAUGUGUGUAAGCCUCUCGGAGUCUCUCUGCACGCAGUCAGUAACGGCGCUGCCCCUCCACCGGCCGUCCUACCAGCUGCUGCCGUGCUUCCAGCCUACAGUACCCUGCCUUUAAUGCCCGGCUUCCUCGGGGCGCCACACCCGGCGGCAGCCACGCCAAGCCCCGUCACGCACGCACACACUGCCGCUACUGACUGGAGCACCUACUACUAUAACCAGACGAGGGGCCACAAGAGAGAGUACCCUCAGCUGGCGGUGCAGGAGGUGACAUCAUCAGAUGGCGCCUACAUCGGGCAGCACUCCCAAGGCCUGGGAGGGCAGUACGCUGACUACUUUAAGAGGAAGAGGCUCUAGUAUGACCCAAACCACCUUAAAGCCUAAAGCUUAUGGAGGGAGGCGCACACACACACACAGCGUUUGCUGGAUGUCACAGCUCCCUCUAGUGGCCUUUCUGUGGCUGCCAUUUUGCAUCCCCACAGUAGGUAUUGAGUUUAUUAGAAUUUUGGGGUUGCAGAUGGCUCAAGUGAAAGCAAGCCAUAGUGCUCUUUGAUCCUGGCACUUACUUACACACCCACAUACACACAGACACAAACACGGUGUUGCUUUUGUCCUGUUCAAGCCUUAAACUCUUUAACUCUUAAACUGUUGUUUCUCAGUCAGUGUGUCAGCUGUACUCAACUAAUAUUAUCUUGUACAUUUUUUCUAAUAUAACACAAACUAAAGUAAACGGUAUCUGUAUGUAUAAGCUGCUUUUGUAUCUGCAGCCAGGCGAUCUGUCUGCUGAAACUGUCUUAGGACUGGUCUUACAGUCAAGGCGUCUCCCUCUGUCUCCUUUCAAACUUGCGCUUUGAUUAGUCAGUCAAACUGACAUCUGUCUGUUCCCGCUUCAGAGUCUUUUCUCUUUUCCUCGUAUUGCCCAGGUUUCCUCUUUUAUAUCUCCCAAUGCGGAGUGUGUGUGUGU